AUGGAGACCCUUGUCUCGAGCUGGUUUAAAGAUCAGUCCUUGCCUGAAAACUAUGUGUUCCCACCGGAAACAAGACCCGGGGAGGCUAUUGUUCCUGUAAGCAAGAACAUUCCAAUUAUUGAUCUUGGAAAGUCAGUGGUGGGUCAUGAUCAUCGAAACAACACAGUUCAACAAAUUCUCAAUGCUGCUCAGAAGUUUGGAUUCUUUCAGGUGAACAACCAUGGAGUUUCGGAGAGGCAAAAUGAUUACUCUAAGGAUCCUAGGAAAGGCUGCUCACUCUACACAAGUAGCUAUAACUAUGACAAUGAAGAGAUUCACUUUUGGCGAGACAAUUUGAGACACCCUUCCCAUCCUCUAGAUGAAGUCAUCCACCGAGAUGUUGUUGGGACAUAUUCAGUUGAAGUUAGAAGCUUGUCAUUGAGGAUUUUGGACCUGAUUUGCGAAGGAUUAGGACUUCAACCAGGGUAUUUUGGAGAUGAAUUCACCAAUGUACAACUUCUGUUAGUCAAUCACUACCCUCCUUGUCCCAACCCGAGUUUGACGUUGGGAUUAUCUAAACACUCUGAUCCUAAUCUUAUAACCAUUCUCCUUCAAGGGGAAGUGAAUGGACUGCAAGUUUUUAAGGACGGUCAGUGGAUUGGUGUUGAGCCUCUUCCCAGUGCAUUUGUGGACAAUAUUGGUUACCAAUUUCAGGUAAUCAGUAAUGGGAAAUUGAGAAGUGCUGAACAUAGAGCAGUGACAAACUCAAGGAAUGCUCGAACGACAAUAGUCACUUUCAUCAAUCCUUCUUUCAGCAGAAUUAUAGAACCAGCAAAAGCUCUGGUGAAUGAAUGCAAACCCCCGCUUUAUAGGGCCUUCCGAUAUGGAGAGUUUCUCAACACCUACAAAGCAGUGAAAGGUGAUACUGAAGCUGCAUUGAAGCCUUAUAAGCUUGACUAA